AUGACCUCCUCUACAGAUGCCACGCAGCUUCCCCCCGCAGUACAUGUAGCCGAGCGCCAGUCAAACUUCGAACAAGCCGUCGCCUAUGCCCUCCAUCUUUGGCCCGCCCUUGCACUUGCUGUUGAGAACAAUUGGGGAGGCCCCGAUUCAGGAGAUAAGCGUGACUGGUUUGCCGGCGCUAUUGUCGACCUGUUUUCCGAAUUCAGCGACUCGCCGCAGACCAACGCCAUCGACGAACCCGAUCUGGAGGACGUUGAGACUGUCUUGUUGCAGGUCAUGAUGGACGAGUUCGAGGUCAACGUUGAUGAUGAUUCGAGCACAGAGGUCGCCGGUAAUAUCGUGCGAGCGAGAGCGCAAUGUGCGAUUGGCCAGUUCGACGAAGUGAACAAGUUGGGUCAGCGGUUUCAGAACCUCAAGGGCAACAAGGUAGACCAACUGUUCCAGAAGGCUGAAGAUGCCGACCAAGAUACCGACUGGGAAUCAGACCAUGACGAAGAAGAUGACGAUGAUGACGCUGGUGACGUUGACAUGGAUGACGCACCUGCGCUCCCUUCGGCACCCAAGGAAAAGCCAGCUCCAGAAGUCGACGAGGAUGGUUUCACAAAAGUUACGCACAAGAAGAAAUAA